AUGAACCAGGCAUCGAACCGCAUCACGCUCUUCCCAAUUCCUGCCUCGUUGCCACGAGGCCGUUAUCCCAUAAGGCCCCGCGACGCUGUCCCGACAACCGCAGGUCUACCAUGGACAACCUACACUGGUAUAGUGACUCUGCAGCUAGCCGGAACAGUAGUUAUCGCGAGGCGACCUGAUCACACCCUGGUAUCGAUUAGUACACUGAAAGGAAAGAGGAGCGCCAAUGACAUUCCCUUCCAGGUGCACCCGAACCUCGUUCACAUCUACGAAUCCUAUAUCAUGUACGACACGACGUAUGUGGUGUCCGAGUAUCUUGCACUCUCGCUAUCCGAGAUCAAUUCGUGUCAGCCGCUGACCGAACCGCAAAUAGCGAUGGUGGUCGCAGAGGCAAGUCAUCAAUGUCCCUGCCAUCCACACCUACUCAUUAGCUCAGGUUCUGAAGGGUAUACGGUUCCUGCAUGAAAGGCAAUUGUUACACGGAUCAAUAAAGCUUGGAAAUAUCCUAGUUAGUGCCAAGGCAGGGGAUGUCGAAAUCAAGAUAGGUACGUUCCCUCACACAUUAAUGGACGUAAGUAACCGGUUAGCGAAUCUUGCUAUGUGCGCCAAAUUACCCCAGGGCCACGAGGAUAGCCUUCAAGACAUACGGUCCCUGGGUACUACAAUGAGGCAUCUAAUGGAGAAGGGUCUCGUUCUGUGUCCGGAUUCGGCACCACUACAGAACCCUGGACAAUGGUCGGCAGAGGCAAUUAACUUCAACAAUACAACAGCAUUUGCCUCACCCAGUGUUCUAGCCGGUGUGAGUGUGCCCCCCCACCCUGGCCCUUGCGCUAUCUAACACUUCACACAGCACGCCUUUCUCAAGGUCGCCGCUCCAACCAUGAGUCUAUCGGCACCGAUUCUUAUCUCAACACUAGCCGCAAAGCGGAACUGGAAGCCAUAUAUCGGGGCCAACCCGCAGGAUGGGCAACAGGGUCCGAUGUAACCUAGGCACUGAAAUGUUGGGGGGGUUGCUAAGGGUUGGUUAUGUUCCGAAAUGUAGGGCCUAGAUAUACCGGUAGGGUUAGAAAUAAACACGUGGUUUGCGAGUUUGGCUGCAAUGCGCCGGUCGCGUGUGGCCAAACCGAU